AUGUCAUCGGCCGACACGACACCCAUCUCGCCCGCGCGCUUCGCUGCCGCGCUGCGGGAGCUGUCCGUACCCAUGCUGCACCUCAAGGUGCUCGAGAUCCGCAACGCCAUGGCGCACCUGCAGUACUCCAACGACCAGCUGGCGCCGUUUGCCGCGACGGACCCCGACUGCGCCGACGCGAUACGGGAAAACGAGGCGGUGCUGGCGCGCAUGGAGGAGCGCAUCGCGCUGGUGCGCAUCGACGUCGAGGACAGGGGCGUGGCGUGGAACGAGUUUGCGAGCAAGGAGGGGACGGAGGCGGGCGUGGCGCGUGCACGCGAGGAGCAGCAGCAGCAGCAGCAGCAACAGCAGCAGCAGCAGGAAGAGGAGGCGACAGGGGUGGCGCAGAUCAACGCCGCAACGUCGUCGCCGUGGACGGAUGGCACGUUUCAGACGGGCACGAUACGGAAUGGCGAGAUGCACUUGGAUGCCCCGCCGAGGAGAGAGAAUAACAGUGGUGCUGGGGGAGGAGGGAGCUUGUCGGAUGAGCAGCUGAGGGCGGCCAUGGAGGAGCGGAUGCGGCAGAUGACGACGGAGGAGGAUGAGGAAGGGGGGUUGCACCUGUGA